AUAGCCACGGUAGUCGUGGUGACAAGAACCCAGCAACGAGAAUCAACAACAACAACAAACCGAUUCAUUGACAAAAAGCGUAUUAAAUUCAAAGUACCGCUGGAAAAGUCACUCGGAAUAAGAGUCCAAUGGCAACUCCAGCGUAUGUGAGGGAGCUGCAGCAGACCUCCCAGCCUCAGGGAGGCGGUGUGACUCCCACAUCAGGCCAGGCUGCCACCGUGACGGCAGCUCCCCAACAAUUCCUGGCUGAACUUCAGACUACAGGGGCCACGCCUUCAGCGGCCCCGCCCACCGGCCAGACCACACCCCCUCCCUCACAAGCACAGAAGAGCCAGGCAAUCGCCCAGGCACCGCCCACACAAGCCCCGCCCACUCAGACUCAAUAUGUCACAGCUGAGAUUCAGAGCUCACCUACGCAGUCCAGCAGUCAGAAUACACCACAGUACAUCGUUGUCACAGUUACAGAGGGUUCUCUUCAUUCCAGUGACUCUGUGUCAGAUUCUAGUCCUCCUGCUGCUGUAGUCCAGACUGGAGUUCCUACACAGGUGGUGCAGCAGGUGCAGACCGCCCAACAGAGGUCAGUAGUGCAAGCCACAUCUCAGACAACGAAAACAGAGCCGGGCACCAAGCUGAAUGUCACCAGCCUACAAUCGGUGCACCUGACACAGGAGGUACAGCAGCAGCUCCAACAGGUGCCAGUCCAGCAUGUGUAUACUAACCAGGUGCAGUAUGUGGAAGGAGGAGAUGCUACCUACACCACCAGCACCAUUCGUUCCAGCAGUUUCCCGUACACAGAGACCCCUCUGUACACCCAGACCACUGCUGGACAGUACUAUGAGACCACCCCUGCCUCUGGUUCUGAGGCCACGUCCCCCGGCACCCCUCUCACUGUCUCCGUGACCACAGGAUCCCCCGGGGUAUCCAUGUUUGUGGCGGGGACGGGGCAGAUCGUGGCCAAUGCCACGACGGCGGCAGGGGGCGGAGUCACAGCUGUAGUGGCAGCCACUGGGACGGCGUCGAACGGUUCUGGAAAUUCCGGAGGCGAGGCUAAUGGUAGCAGCGGGAGCUAUGUGAUUCAGGGAGGCUACAUGCUGGCUGGCAGCGGGACCGGCAGCAGCGGAAACGGUCACGGUUAUCCGCACCCCACUCGUGCCUCUCCAGCCACCGUGAGUAUAAACGAAGGCGAGGACAAUAGCGUGCCGUCGGCAGACAAAAAGCUGUCCUCUGGCCCUCAGGUGCAGUGGUUGUUGGAUAAUUAUGAGACAGUGGAAGGGGUGAGUUUGCCCCGUUCUACUCUCUACUGCCACUACCUGCUGCACUGUCAGGAGCAAAAGCUGGAACCCGUCAACGCGGCGUCCUUCGGAAAACUCAUCCGCUCUGUGUUCAUGGGGUUGAGGACCAGACGCCUGGGCACACGAGGGAAUUCCAAAUAUCACUACUAUGGACUGCGGAUCAAAGCGAGCUCAUCUCUGCUCCGUCUGAUGGAGGACCAGCAACACCUGGCCAUGAGGCAGCAGCCCUUCUCCCAGAAACAGAGGCUGAAGCCGGUACAGAAGGUGGAGGGAAUCACUAACGGAAUGUCGUCAGGAUCCGGACAGCAGCAGCAGCAGAGCUCGGGUCUGUCGGACAUCAGCACCCAGGUCCAGCAGUACCAGCAGUUUCUAGAUGCGUCCCGAGCUCUCCCGGAAUUCCCUGAUGUUGACCUGCAGGGUAGAGCUUUACCAGAGGGCAUUGAGCUGGAACAUCUUAAAAGCUUUCAGUUGCUCUACAGAGAACACUGCGAAGCCAUUCUGGAUGUGAUGGUCAACCUUCAGUUCCCUUUGGUGGAGACUCUUUGGAAAACGUUUUGGAGGUUCAGUGAAAGUCAGGCAGGAGACUCAGCAACACUAGCUGUGCAUGAUGAGUCUGAGAAGAGGCUGCCCAAGUCAUGUUUGGUGCUGCUCUGUAAAUAUGAUCCAGUGCUUCGCUGGAGUCGUGACUGCGACAACACACUGUACCAGGGCCUGGUGGAGAUGCUCAUCCCAGACGUUCUGAGACCUAUUCCCAGUGCCUUAACACAAGCCAUCCGAAACUUUGCGAAAAGUCUUGAGAGCUGGCUGACUAAUGCCAUGAUGAACAUUCCUGAAGAGAUGGUUCGUGUGAAGGUGACAUCUGCAAGUGCGUUUGCUCAGACCCUGCGCAGAUACACCUCUCUAAACCACCUGGCCCAAGCAGCUCGUGCCGUACUACAAAACACGGCACAGAUCAACCAGAUGCUCAGCGACCUCAACAGAGUGGAUUUUGCCAAUGUGCAGGAACAGGCCUCCUGGGUGUGCCGGUGUGAGGAUCGGGUGGUGCAGCGGCUGGAGCAGGACUUCAAACUGACCCUCCAGCAGCAGAACUCUCUGGAGCAGUGGGCAGCCUGGCUGGAAGGUGUGGUCUCGCAGGUCUUAAAGCCGUACCAGUCUAGCUCUGCCUUUCCAAAAGCAGCUAAACUCUUCCUGCUGAAAUGGAGUUUUUACAGCUCUAUGGUGAUCCGAGACCUGACUCUCCGCAGUGCUGCAAGCUUCGGCUCAUUUCACCUAAUCCGCCUGCUUUAUGAUGAGUACAUGUACUAUCUGAUAGAGCACAGAGUUGCCCAGGCCAAGGGUGAAACUCCCAUUGCUGUCAUGGGAGAGUUUGCAAGUCUUGGUCGAAGUUUGAACCCGCUUGAUCCUGAUAAAGAAGAGGAAGAGGAGGAGGAGGAAGACAGCGACGAUGAGUGUCAGGAGUUGUCUCUGCAGUCUGAUGGGGGCGCUAUCGGGGACGAAUCUCUAGAACCGCCCGCUAAGCUGGCUCGAACCGACCAGAGGGUGCUGUUCACCACAGGAAGCAUGGAUAACUAAGAACUUGAAUACACACAUGCACCUACAAGCACACGCUCCACAUAACACUCGCCCAUCAUUCCUGCACUUAAACCAACACAUGCAUCUAAAAAACAGAAAUGCUGCAGCUGCGUAUUUACACAACAUUUCAGAUGUUCAUAUGUACAUUUCCAUGCCCGUCGACUUCUCAAAUGCACAUAUACACAAGCGUUCACUGAAACACAGAGACACAGAUAGUGCCGCCCUCACACACUCAUAACAUGAGCACCAUCAACGAUCAUUUCAAGAUCUUAGACAGGGUGUAGAGGUCACUAACAAUAGCUCUCGAAUCUAAACCUGAUUCUGUCUCUAUUAGCUCUUAAGACGCAAGAACAAAAAUGAAACCUGCUGCAACUGGAUCCUAAGAGUCGUUCGCGAUAGACUGAACUCUGAUUGGCUACUGAAACCUGAAUGAAACUGUCAGUCAAGCUUUUUUUAACCUGAAAUGGUUGUUAGGGAGAAAAGAUGGACUGUAAGUGUGCGUGUUGUGUGUUGAUGUAUACUUUCUGCCUAUCCGUGCGUUGUUCGUGUGAUUGUGAGUGACCCGGGACCUUAUCGUUUUUAUCGGCUAGCGCCAACGCGUGUGUUUUUGUGCAUGAUGUGUGAAUGACCGUCCAUGGUUCUCAAGAAGUGUUGAUAGUUGUUUUUGUCAGUGGUACCUUUUUAAGUUCUUGAUGCCUUCAGUGACUGCCAUGUCAGUAAAUGCGUUAAGCAUAUUACAGCUCGGCUCUUUAAAAACUCAAUUUCCCAUGAGUCUACUGGGUGUAUGUGAUUCAGCUGGGUUGUGUAUUUUUGCUUUUUUUUUUUUAGGGCUACCUCUGCAAAUGACAGCAGUUUGUCAGAAAUGAGAGGAGAGGUCAACUCCCAACCCCUCCCCCCCAGUCUGGUUUUCCUCUCACUUCUUAUUUUUUUAUAUGGUUUUUCGUUCUGUUUUGUUGCACUUUUUCUUCUUGCCAAAUGUCGUCCUGAGCUUGGCACAAGACAUUAAAUGUUUCUGUCCUUACAUACUUUUUUCUAUGGUCACAAAGUGACAAUCUCGAUGUGCACAGCGUUGUCUAACACUGUUUAGUGCAUAUUUGAUGGUUUGCUGUGUGUUUGAGAUUUGGGUCAAGAUAUUUUACUAGAACCCUUCAAACAAACUUGACACCACUGCCCAUAGUAGCUAGGAAAUGUCAAAGUAGAGAGCGAAACGAUCUUUCGGCCAUUUCCUUCUCAAGACUCGUUCAUUUAAUUCUGUUCUUGUGUUGUGGCAUAUUUAAUGAUCAAUUUGAGAGAGCUACAGUACAUUAAAACUUUAUAUCCCAUAUCAUUCGACAUAUGUAAACUACGAUUAUUUCUGCUGUAGAUGCUGACUGAUCUCAAACCAGCAUGAUGCUUUUCUUUCCCUCUGAUUCUCUUGAUCGAACAACAGGAAACAUAUCAGAAGAUCUGGAGAUCCUCUGUAUGACAGCCAUUUUCAUAACAAAAUGAAUUUCCCUUUUCACUUUUUUGAAGUUGUUUCCAUUUCUUGCUCAAAAAAA